GGGUGGCAUAUGCAAAUGCUGUCAAAAACACGCCGAUAGCUGGCAUAUUUCCGACACAUUUCGGUUGCCUUCUAAAUGGAAAAAAAUGGAAAAAAGUGGAAAAAAGGGGGCACGAGUACAAAUCAAUUGAAAGGAACGACUUUGGAGGGCAGCAUGGAGUUGCUUAGCGUGAGCCCUCAACUACUGACUUUUCAUGCCCCUUAUGAUCACAGACAAUGGCGAAUGCUGACUUUGCUGAAUCCCACCGAUAGGAAGGUUCUCUUCAAAGUUAAAUCCAGUGCCUGGCGACACUAUACAGUGAACCCCAAUACCGGCAGGCUAGAACCUUAUUCAUCCAGCGAGGUCAUCAUAAGUCUGAAACAAUUUUAGAGACUUUUCGCCAAGUUUCCCGCAGUGACAUCUCUUCGAACAGUCUACCAGUUCGCCUGGAGGCCCAGCCCUUUCCGUUUGCUAGUUCUGGCCUGGAUUCACUCCAUGGUUUUGUUAAAAAUAAUGUGGACAAAGAGUUACAGCUGA